UGAAAUAUAUAAAAUAGAACAAGCAGCUACUGAUUUUUUGUUAGAGGUAAACAGUUGCUUUUCCAUACAUUCGCACAAUACUAUCAUAUGAAUCAUCGCUACGCAGCGGUAAACAGUCGUGUCUCCGUCGCGCACCGCUUGCUUUACAAAUUGUGUUGUUCAAUCAAUCUUCAAAGUUGAUCAAGGUACUAAAGUAACCAAAAAACGGUAAUAAUGUCCUCAAGGGCUCAAAAAUUAGUGCAGCUUGCACUGGAGGAGGAAAUCGAUUCUCGAGAAUCUAGUAAGUACAACAUAAUUGAUAUUAUAGGUGUCCGAGCCAAAACAGGAGCAUUAUGAUGAUCGUCAACUAAUUUUACAUAUUACAAAUAAGUCCUUCAUUAAAGUGUAUCAUUCACAAGUUUCUUCUACGUGGACACACGCAAGUAAGCUGAUCAUAUCCAUACACUUAUCGAACGAGUUAUAAAUAAACAACCAACCAUGAAAAUAUUUUUCGAGAUGCAGUUAGAUGACUUCAAGAACUUCGAGGCCUUAUAUUCCGGCACAGGAUCACCUCUCAUUCAAAAGAAACAGACAGUAGACAAAGAAAGCUUUUUAGUGUCAUUAGCGGUGUGACUUAAGGUUCGAAAACAGGAUCCAGGGAUACUCUACUAUAAAACAGACAUAUUCCAAGAGGACUACAAAAUGGUAAAUAUGAAUAGAUCCUCUAGAAAACCGAUAGGGUUACCACUAGAACUAUGUUCGCCGCGACAAACCCCAAAAGGACUUAGCAAGAAAAAGCACGAUCAUCUUCUCAUGCUUCUGCAAUGGAUACUAGAAGCAUUUCAUGAUUUUUAUAAAAAUAUUCCUGUGCUGGGUCAACAAGGAGAUGAUGACGACGACGUCGAUUGUAUAUACAUUCUCCAGAUGUCAUUUUUUGUAAUAAUAAAAUGUAGCCUAUUUCCACCAAUUGUACUUACUGUGGUUCAUCCUAUGCUGCACCUGGAUUUUAUUAUCAUAGUAAAUAGUCGUAACUCACAAAAUAAUCUGAAUAUCAAAUUCUAA